AUGGCCGUCAACCCGCCGAAGGCAGAGGAAGACCAGCUUUUGUGGCCAGAGGUCGGCUCCAGCGACUUCCUGCGCUUUGACUUUGGAGGGGUCGCCUAUACGGAUGAGCUUGCGAAGAACCAAGCCAGGGUGAAGAACUUGUCAGCCAUCAAAUGCAUGGUCAAGACUCUCAAGCCGGGCGGCGACACUCAGAAGGCGCCAGACUUGCGAGUGAUGUGGAUGGAACAUGAUUUUGCGUUCUUCGGAGGCUCUUUAGGCUGUGCCGAGGGCGAGAAACUGACACGCGGCUUUGAAUAUGCCAAGCAGCAUGGGCUGCCUGUUGUCGUGAAGUGUGCGAGUGGUGGCGCCAGGAUGCACGAAGGCACGCUGGCUUUGAUGCAGAUGGCCAAAAUCUCUUGUGCUGUGGCCGCUCUUGGCUCGGCCGGUCUGCCAUUCAUCACUUUACUGGUCGAUCCCUGCUAUGGAGGUGUCAGCGCAUCCUAUGCGAUGCAGUCUGAUGUUCGCAUCGGAGCAGCCAGGGGCCGCCUUGGUUUUUCUGGGCCGCAAGUGAUCCUCAACACACAGUUUGGCAUGCAUCAGAAUGCAUACGAUCAUGAAUGUCCCGACCAGUUUCAGAGCAACGAGUUCGGAAAGCAUCAUGGUGUAGUUGACAUCGUUGUGCCCGCAGAAGAGAUGGAGUCUGUCGCUUGGCAGGUGCUCUCGGUGUUGGCAGCAAAGCCGAAGCAUGCUCCCUCAACUUCGUCCAUCGCCGUGCCUCGAAUUACACAGUUCCCAGCUGGUGACCCAAACUACAUGAAAGCACGAAACCUCGACCGCUACGACUCCACGGACAUUGUGAAUGAACUCGCGGAUCGCUUUAUCGACCUCGGCGGUGACGGCAAGGGCCCCAACGGUCUUGACAAGUGCCUGCGCUGCGGCAUUGCAACCUUGCGGAGUGGGCGCAGCGUCGUGGUCAUGCGUUGCUGCAAGGGCCACACGCCCACGGAGCGAGAGAAGCACAACCACGCGAUGCCGGCGCCUGCCGGGUACAGGACAGCCUUGAGGUUCUUCGAUCUGGCGGAGCGGUUCGGCUUGCCUGUUGUAACACUCGUAGACACGGUCGGCGCUUGGCCAUCGUUCGCCGCAGAGACGGCGGGGCAGAGCGAGGCGAUUGCUGCGAAUCUCACCAAGAUGGGGGGUUUGAAGGUGCCCAUUGUGACCGUCAUCAUCGGUGAGGGUGGCUCUGGGGGUGCCCUGGCCAUUGCCAUGGGCAACAAGAUUGGCAUGCUGUCCCAAGCCUACUACUCCACCAUCACGCCAGAAGGUGCAGCUUCCAUCUUAGGUAGAUACAAGGAUGAUGACCACAAGAAGGUGCAAUUUCCGGAGGAUUGCAUGGCACUGGCAUCCAAGCAAAACAUCUAUGCACCGCAGUUGAAGGAGCUGGGAGUCAUUGACGAGGUGAUUUGGGAGAAGGAGGGCGAGGAUUGCAAGUCUUUCCCUGCAACCAUGGGCAACAUCAGUGCAUUUGUAGAGGCAAGCUUGCAGGAACUUGGAGGGAUGGAUUCAGACAACCUCGUGGAGCAGCGUUAUCAGAAGUUCCGCAGCAUGGGGAAGUUCCAAGAGUACAGCCCCGAAGAGCGGGCGGCGCUCACAUCAGUUCCCGCAGAUCAGAAAGUCAAGAAGAGGCGAACCAUGCCGACACCCCCAAAGAUCCUCACCUUGCUAACGGAGACAACCGUGAAAGGAGCAAACUCCUUCUUCAGAGGCAAGGGUCCCAGCUAUUGCCCACGCACUGCUUCCCUCAAGGUGGAGCCGCAGCCUGCAGCGAAACCUGAGCGCAAUGCAAAGCAAAUCCUGGAUGAGGAAGGGCCGGAGGCCAUGGCCAAGUGGGUGCGAGAAACCUCGAAGGAGCGAGUCUUGCUGACGGACACCACUAUGCGCGACGCACACCAGUCUCUGUUCGCCACGCGAAUGAGGACUGCCGACAUGCUCAAGGCUGCACCCGAGAUGAGCAAGCAUUUGCACCAGUACUUCUCCUUGGAGUGCUGGGGUGGGGCUACCUUCGACGUCGCCUACAGGUUCUUGAACGAGGACGCCUUUCGACGCCUCGAGGAGCUUCGAGCAGCGAUCCCCAACAUUUGCACUCAGAUGCUUCUUCGGGGUGCCAACGGAGUGGGCUACAAGUCUUACCCCGACAACGUGGUCGAGGAGUUCGUGCGCCAGGCUGCCACUUCUGGCAUGGACGUGUUCCGGAUCUUCGAUUGUUUCAACGACGUUGACCAGAUGAAGCUGUCGAUCGACGCCGUGCGGAAGAUGAAGAAGGUGGCAGAGGUUGCCAUGUGCUUCACCGGAGAUUUCUUGAGCCCAAAGGAGAAGAUCUACACGCUUGGCUAUUACGAGGAGCUCUGCAAGAAGUGUGUUGAUGCGGGCGCACAUAUGAUUGCCAUCAAGGACAUGGCAGGCUUGCUGAAACCGGCUCAUGCCGCGCCACUGAUUCAGGUCAUCCGCUCAGUGACCGAUCUACCCAUCCACUUCCAUACGCACAACACCUCCUCCGCGCAGCUUGCCACCUUGCAUGCCAUGGCAGAUGCCGGCUGCGACAUCGUGGAUGGGUGCUUUGCGGCCAUCGCUGAUGGCACAUCACAGCCAUCGCUGAAUGCUUUCCUUGCGACGAUGGAAGGAAGACCUCGCGAUCCCAAGAUUGACCACAGGAUGCUUGAAGGUCUGGACUCCUAUUGGGCAAAAGUGCGUGACAUGUACAGCCCCUUCGAGAGUGGCAUGAAGGCGAUGACCGCUCGCGUUUUCGAGCACCAGGUGCCCGGUGGCCAGUAUUCGAAUAUGUAUGCUCAGUGCCGCGAGCUCGGAAAUGCCGAAAAUUGGGACCAGGUCCUCCAAAUGUACGCUGAUGUCAACAAGUGGUGCGGCGAUAUAGUGAAGGUUACACCUUCCUCCAAGUCGGUCGGGGACAUCGCGCUUUUUCUGCUGAAGCAGGGCAUUCAAGUUUCCGACUUCGAUAAUUUGCCGAAGAUGCAGGCGCUUCAGUGGCCGCAGAGUGCCAUUGAGUUAGCCCGAGGCGAGAUGGGCACGCCACACUUUGGCUUUCCGAAGCGAAUGCAGGAUGCGAUCCUGACAGGCCGUCAACUGAAGCCGUUGGAAGGCAGGCCAGGUGACACCUUGGCAGCGGAGGACUUUGCGAAGGUGAGGGCAGACAUGAAGACCGAGUUCGGCGUCGAGCCUAGCAGCGAGGACAUGAAUGCUUUCUUGAUGUACCCAGGCGUGUUCCGGGAUUACAUGAAGCACCUCGGCAAAGUGGGGCCGCUGGCCACGUGCUUGCCAACCCCAGCGUUCUUCUACGGCCUUUCUGUGAAUGAGGUGAUUGAGUUUGAAGUGCCAGGGCCCAGUGUUGUGGAAGCCGAGUCCCAGGCCAAUGCUGCCCUGCCGAAGACAAAGGUGAGCAUCAAGCUUCUUCGUGUGGGCCCGCGAGAGCACGAAAACAUGAGAACAUGCGAGUGGCUGGUGGAUGGAGUCACCUAUGAAGUCUCCAUCAAGGACCCUCCUCCUGGGACAACAUCGUAUUCGGGUCCUAUGGCCAACCUAUCCAACAACUCCCACGUGGCCUGCCCUCUUCCUGGCGUCAUCGCUGCCAUCGCGGUCGAAGAGGGAAGCAAGGUGAAGAAGGACGAUGUCCUCUUCACGGUCGUGGCCAUGAAGAUGGAGGUUAUCGUGCGAGCGCCUGCAGACUGCACCGUCGCUGAGCUCUGUGUUGCCAAAGAUGCAGAUGUGGUGGACGGCGCCCUGCUGGCCAAGCUGGAGCUGUGA